AUGCCUUCAAAUCGGCGAAGAACAUCCGGCCAACCUGUCGCUCGUAGAAGGAGACCUUCUGCCCAAGAGUGGGAGCAGCACAAAGACUUCAUUGCUCACCUCUACACAAAUGAAGGCAAGCAGUUGAAGGAGGUCCGCCAAAUUAUGAAAGACCUUUAUCAGUUUGAAGCUGGAGAAUCGACCUACAAGAAGCAUCUCAGCAAAUGGAAUAUAUUCAAAAACACCCGUCGAUCAACAACGAAUGGCGAAACAUCGACUCCCCAACCAAUCGAUGAUAGUAUUCAAGGUGAUGAACAACACUAG